AUGAACGAAGGCUCGAGCAUUCCCUGGUUAUCGGACGAUUAUGCGGGACUAGAGACUUUGCCGUUCACUUUUGGAGAUUUGCCUCUUGAGCAGUGCCGACAAUUCGGAAUUAGAUUAUUAAAACGUCAGCAGCAGCAACAGCACGCACCUAAUCAACAGCAGAGGCAACAUCAUCAUCAACAUCAUCAACAGCAGCAGCAGCAGCAGCAGCAGCAGCAGCAGCAGCAGCAGCAGUCGGGGGGAUUGAAAGGCCCGGUUGAGCCGGUGCCGCCACGAUACCAACCCCCACCCCAGCCGAGCUCCAGUAUCCUCAAGAGUCAGGGUCCUUACGGGGGAGCCGGCACAGCUGCCCUCACCCAUCACCAGUUGCAUCAGCUCCAACAGCAGCAUCAGCAGCAAGCGACGAGGCUCGCCAAUCAGGUGAAAGAUGCGGUGCAGAGCAAAUUCGCUCAGAAAGUAGAUUUGCCCCACGCUCAGGCAGCUCGGGCGGAUAAGCUGCAAGCGGGUUUCGCUCUCCAUCAGGGAAAAAGCUUUCUACCGACGUCGACGGUGACGGGUAUCCCGACGACGACAACCACGUCGGCACUCGGAUUGGCACACGUGAAUGGUGUCGCCCUAAAUAUCAACGGACAGAUCGCCGCAAGGCAGAGGAUAUCCGACGAGGAGUUCCUACGAUUAGGGCCCGUCGAGAUGCUCAAGUUCGUCAGGAAGACCGAGAGCGACAUCGCGCGCCUCGCCGCAGAACAGCACCGCCAAAUUCAGAGCCUCAUAAACGAGCUACGAACUUUGAAAGAGGCUAAUCAGCGACUGAACGACGACAAUCAGGAGCUGCGCGACCUCUGCUGCUUCCUCGACGAUGACCGACAGAAGGGCCGCAAACUCGCCCGGGAAUGGCAGCGCUUCGGUCGUUACACGGCGAGCGUCAUGCGCCAGGAGGUCUCGGCCUACCAGAAUAAGCUCCGUCAGCUCGAUAACAAGCAGCAGGAACUCAUAAAGGAUAAUCUCGAGCUUAAGGAGCUGUGUCUAUAUUUGGAUGAGGAGCGCGGCGGCGGUCAGCGAGACGACGGCGACGGCUCCUCCUCGAGCACCAACGCCGACGAAACGGCGCCGGCGCCCGCGAGGCUCCCUCGGCAUGCUUGCUCUACCUUCAAUGACCAAACGAUGCAGUACGUAAGGAGCUUGGAGCAGCGCGUGAAGCAGCUCGAGGAGGACAAGAGCAUCUUGCAAGCCAGGGUGCAGGGCUGGUCAGCGGGUCGAAACGAUGUCUGGGAGAAUCCCAGAAGCCCGAGCGACGACAUGAAUCUCGGGAGUCGGCCGGAGGCUGUCGUUAGGGCGCUACAAGUACUCGAGGUGCGGGAGCAGCUCGAGCGGGAGGCCGGGCACGACGGAGAAAAGGCUCUCGUGAGGGAGAUGUGUAACGUUGUGUGGCGAAAGCUCGAGGAAGGGCCUGCGCAAAAUAGACACUGAUUGACUCUCGAUAAAAUCGCUCGCCAUCGAUUAUUGAACAGUUUUUGAAAAUAAGUACACACACGCCCGCGGAUACACACAUGCGCGCGC